UCUAGAAUGGAUGGCUUUGCAAUUGGGAAAACAGCUGCCCUGUUACAAAUAAUUAAGAGCAGCCUCAGCAGCACAUGAAGCCUGAGGGAAAAAGCAGUGUGCUGCAGACCUGAGGGGACGCCUCACAACUCACCAGAGGAAGUCAGCUAUGUAGGAACAUCAGGGGAACCGGACGUCUGGCUAACUUUUGAGAAGGCUUAGGUAUUAAAUGCUUUCUUGUCUGUCAAGGAGGAUGAAGAGACAUUGCAGUGACUUAAUCCUGCUUUGUCAUGUCACGUGACUCAGGCAAGAAUUUAUUUCCCUGGAGCACAAGCCAAGUAUCCUCAGACUAACUUCAGGCAGGGAGAGUGAUACAGCGCUGGAUGGGCAAGUGCUUAGAACAGAUUGGAAAAUGAAAGUGAGAAAAAAUAGAGUAAAUAUUGGGCUAGUAGAAAAAUCCAGAGAAGUUGCUUCGUCUCCUACAUAAGAACAGCUUUUUGUGAACUUUUUUGUGUUCUUAUUUCCAAGCCAAUUUCUACCUGGCAUGAUAUUUGAAGAGUGUGUACCCGAAAUAAAACAUUGGUCUUGCUUUCAUAGGAUACAAUUUAGAAGACUUUGCCGAAUCUAAAACUAUCUUAUUGGUUUGUAUUUGAAAUAAGAUUUGGAUAUAUUUAAGCAGCACUGUAUUAAAAGUGGACUGUUUUUUUUUUGUUUUUUUUUCUAAAUCUAACGUUGGAACCAAGGUGUUGAGAUGUUGACCAUGACAGCAGUGUAUAUGAAUGGAGGGGGUCUGAUGAACCAGAGGUAUGCCCGGUGGAACCGGCAAGAGAGCUUGGAAGAUCACGGAAGGUCUGAAAGUUUUGAACAAGAUGGAGAGGGAAAGCCACGCAAGCUCACACCCUUUGAAAAGCUCACGCAGGAUAUGUCACGAGAUGAGAAGACGGUGAAGGAGAUAACUUUAGGCAAAAGAAUUGGCUUUUAUAGAUUGCGUGGGGAGAUUGGAAGUGGAAAUUUCUCACAAGUAAAACUUGGAAUUCACAUGCUCACCAAAGAAAAAGUUGCAAUAAAAAUCUUGGAUAAAACCAAACUGGAUCAGAAGACUCAGCGCCUUUUGUCUCGUGAAAUUUCCAGCAUGGAGAGGCUUCAACAUCCAAAUAUCAUUCGACUUUAUGAAGUUGUAGAAACGCUGUCAAAACUGCACCUUGUGAUGGAGUACGCAGGAGGAGGGGAGCUAUUUGCCAAAAUAAACACUGAAGGAAAGUUAUCAGAGUCAGAAAGCAAGCAGAUCUUCUCUCAGAUAGUUUCUGCAGUGAAACAUAUGCACGAUAAUCAAAUAAUUCACAGAGACCUAAAAGCUGAGAAUGUGUUUUAUACUAGCAACACUUGUAUAAAGGUUGGAGACUUUGGGUUCAGCACAGUAAGUAAAAAAGACGAGACUUUGAACACGUUUUGUGGCUCUCCUCCAUAUGCUGCCCCUGAGCUUUUCCGGGAUGAACAUUACAUUGGAGUUUUUGUGGAUAUUUGGGCUCUGGGUAUACUUUUAUACUUUAUGGUGACUGGGAGUAUGCCUUUCCGAGCGGACACUGUGGCCAAACUAAAGAAGUGCAUUCUUGAUGGAACUUACACAAUUCCCCCCUAUGUGUCUGAACCAUGCCAGAAACUAAUCAAAUCCAUGCUUCAACUCAAUCCUUCGGAAAGAUGCAGUGUUGAUUAUAUCAUGAAUAGUGAGUGGAUGCAUGGAAUACAGUACCCAAAACCUCUGGAACCAUUCAAGCUGGAUCCAAAACACUUGCUAGACGUAACUACUCUUAAGAACGAAGAACUCGAAGUGAAAAAUGUCCUGGACAACUUAGGGAUCACUGAGGAGCACAUUCUUAAUAACCGUGAAAAGGACUCACGGAGUUCAAUCACUGGAAUUUACAGAAUUAUUCUGCACAGAGUCCAGAAAAAAUUGUCCCUGGAAAGUGUCCCAAUUAUCACAGACCCGGAACCAAGAGAGAAAAAUACAAAGAGGCCACAUCGGACACGCCGAGAAAUAAGGCACACAUCUAAGUUUUGUUCAAUUUUAUAAACUGUGUUUUAAAUUUUUUGCUCUGUAAAGUGAACUUUUAACAGGUGCUGACAUUGGAAGCACCAUAUAUUUUUGUGUAUUUUUAAAUAAAAACAUGAGGCCUUUCAGAACAAA